AUGCACCACGAACGAGGCGGCCGGAUGCGCGUCGGCCAGCGCGCCGUGCUGCGGUGUGGCGUAGUGACGCAUCGUGUCGCGGCGCGCAUCCGGCCCGUGACCGCCGCCGGAAGCCGCCACCAGGUGCCCCAGGCCGCUCCUCCAGUCUGCACGCCGUCGCCGACCCGUUGCACCUUCUACACUGCCAGACCACGGCCCAAGCUGGGGUCCCUGCUCAGCAGGUUCUGCUACGCUUCCGGACUCCCUGACGACAUGGCAGCCGACUGCCUGCAGGGUACCCUCCGCUUGUCGUCCGAAGAGACGGACGACGACGUCGUGGAAGAAGCUGAAGAAGGGCUGUACAAGGGCUCGACGGCGCAGGGCGUAGAGUGCGGGACGCGAGCCGAGCGGCCGCGGACGCUCCGCCGCCUGCGCAGCGUGUACGAGGGAGGCGGCGCCGGAGGCGGCGUCGGGGGCGGCUCCGGGGGCGCCGCGGACGCCGGAGCUACCGCCAACGGCCGUGCCUCUGGCGAAGACGCUGACAAGCCCAGUGCCGGCUCGCUGUCCAUCUUGAGCCCGUUCGACGAGCAGGAGGAGUGGGCUAAGAUCUCGGAGAUCAUGGCCUCGUUUGGCACCGGGCUCGUCCGCGAGUCCGUCUUCGUCAGCGAUCUCGAGAAGGAGUUUCAGAGCAGGCUCGGCCUACACAGCCCGGGCGGCGUGCAGACGCCGGUCGGCGAGUGGCUGGCCUCGCUGGGGUUGGCCGGCUACGAGCCCAUGUUCCUGUCCAGCGGCUACGACGACAUCGACUUCAUCAACGGCGUGCUGGAAGAGCGCGACCUGAAGGAGAUGGGCGUGGACAGCGAGCGCGAGCGUGCGACCAUCCUGCGCGCGGCGCAGUCGCUGCCGUGCCGCGUGCCCGCGGUCGCCGCCGCCGCCGCCGCGACGCCGCCUCCGGGCGCCGCCCCCGGGGGCCCCUCCGGCGAGGUGGACGCGUGGCUGUCGUCGCUGCGGCUGGACUGCUACCGCGACACUUUCCGCCGCCACCUCUACUGCGACAUGGCGCGCGUGCGCCGCGUCUGGGAGGUGGAGCUGUCGGCCGUGCUGGACAUCGGCCGCGUCGGCCACCGCCGCCGCAUGCUCGCCUCCGUGGGCGGCGCCAGGCCGCCGGACCUCGAAGGCCUCAGCGCAGACCUCGACCAGCUGAAGAGCAACAUCCAGCAGCUGAAGGACGAGAUCCGCGAGAAGCUGCCGGCGUCGGCCGCCUCCGCCUCCGCCCCCGCGCCGCCGUGCGGCACGCUGGGCCGCCCCCGCAAGGCGCGGCCGGCGCCGCAGCCGCCGUCCGACCUGAGCAUCCGCGAGCCGGCGCAGCUGCUGGUGGGCGUGCCCUCGGCGCUCACCACGCGCUGGCGCCACCGGCCGCACGCGCUCGUCUCCGGCGCCGUCACCUACGUCGCCAACUACCUGGGUUCGACGCUGGUUAAGGAAUUGCGUGGCACCGAGUCGACCAAGAAGUCCAUCCAGAAGCUGAAGAAGACGCCACGGGAGUCUCGUACCACGCCCGACAUUGCGCUGUGCAUCUCGUACCGCGGCGUCAAGUUCCUCAACACCGUCACCAAGGAGCUGGUCUGCGAGCACGAGAUUCGCAACAUCCACUGCGCCUGCCAGGACGCGGACGACAUGACGCACUUCGCCUACAUCACCAAGGACCACGGCAGCUCCAGCCACUUCUGCCACGUCUUCUGCGUCGACACCAUGGACCAGGCGACGGAGGUGAUCCUGACGCUGGGCCAGGCGUUCGAGGUGGCCUACCAGAUGGCGCUGCGCGACCAGCUGACUCCGCAGCACAACCACCACCACCACCCUGCCGGUGUCAAUUCUAACAACAACAACAAUAAUAACAAUAACAACAACAACGGGCACACCCGGUCGCAGUCGGCGUCGCAGCCGCCGGGGUCGUUGGCGGUGCAGCCUCCGCCUCAAGGCCACUCGCGUUCUCACUCGGCCAACGACAUCAAGGUGGGCGCGUCGCCCCACGCCGCCCCCGCCGCCGCUUCCACCCCCGGCGCGACCUCUCCCGCCCCCGAAGCCCUGGCCGAGGAGCUGUAG